AUGAAUACCUACUACAGCCUCUUCGUUUUUUUGCUCGUCCAAAUUGCGCUAAAGUAUAGCAAGGCAGCUGUCACGGUAGACACAUUAUGCAAAAAUGGACAUCUGGCUCAAAUGAGUCACCACUUUAAGUGUAUAUGUAACGACGGGCUGGUGCACAUUUCCGAAAAUGAAUGUGGAGAAAAAACUGAAUGUAAAGAAGAAAACCUAGGUAAAACAUGUGGAGACUUUGGCAUUUGUAGAAAAGGCCCAGACGCAGCACAGCAGAGUACAUACAAAUGUGAUUGUAUAAAGGAAUACACUCUGAAGGAUGGAACUUGUGUUGUUGAUGUAUGUCUAUAUAAGGAUUGUGGACAAAGUGGUGAAUGUAUUGGUGAAUUCCUCACGGAAGUCAAAAGUGCAGCAUGUUCAUGCUCUAUUGGCAAAGUCCCCAAUCCAGAAGAUGAAAAAAAAUGUACCAAAGAUGGAGAAACUACUUGUCAAUUAAAAUGUAAUACAGAGAAUGAAGUUUGCAAAGCUGUUCAAGGAGUUUACAAGUGUCAGUGUAUGGAAGGUUUUAAGUUUGACAAAGAGAAAAAGGAAUGUAUUUCCAAUUCCGUAUUUAACAUCCUAAACCUCUCCCUCUUCUUUAUCGUCUUGCUAGUCCUUUCGUACGCCAUAUAA